AUGGCGCAUCUCACCAAACCAACGCAGUACAACAUCGAGGACUCCAACAUCGCGCUUCUGGGGUCCGAUUUAGAGAAACGCGUCAGGGAGCAUAGCGGUGAUGCAGAGCCUGCUUGGCAAAGUGCCGGGCUUGCGCCUGGUUUGCAGAUCUGGAGAAUUGAGAACUUCUCCGUGGCUACAUGGCCCAAAGACCGCUACGGGGUCUUCUAUGACGGGGACUCUUAUAUCAUACUGAAUACGUACAAAAAACAACCGGACAGUGAAGAGCUUUCCUACGAUCUACAUUUUUGGCUGGGUCGGGAAACUUCUCAGGACGAGGCCGGUACCGCUGCGUAUAAGACUGUCGAGCUCGACGAUCAUCUGCACGGCGUUCCGGUACAGUACCGCGAGGUACAAGGCCACGAGUCAGCACAUUUUUUGGCGCACUUCCCUCGGUUCAUCUGCCUGCAUGGCGGUGUAGCGACGGGCUUCCACCACGUCACCGAAGCGCCCCCGGAGGAGUCCCACAGACUAUACGAAAUCCAUCUCUCUGGAUCUCAUCUAGUUGUGCGCGAGGUUGCCGCGGAGGCCUCUAGUUUGCACCAGGGCGACGUUUACGUACUCGACAAGGGCGACAAGAUCUGGCAGCUGAACACGCAGAAUAGCUUGGGGAAGGAGAAGUUUAAGGCUGCCGAGUUUGUACGCAGCCUUGCCGACGCGAGGAAGGACGCAUGCGACGUGACAGUAUAUGAAGAGGGUGGGCACGGUGCUGGCAUCUUCUUCGCCGAGUUCGGAAUCGAGGGCCGGCUUCACAAGAAGCCGAACGAGGGGGUCAGCGAUGCGAGCCCGCGACUCUUUCGGAUCUCAGAUGCCUCGGGCCAGGCGACCUUCGAGGAUGUCGAGCCCGUUUCGCGUUCGUCGCUCUCGUCGGUGGACGUGUUCCUUCUCGAUAACUCUGCUGAUCCCGCCAAUCCCGGGCUAUACGUGUGGAUAGGGUCAGGUUCGACACUGAAUGAGCGUCGACUGGUAUUAGAAUAUGCCCAGAGAUAUUUACAUCAGAGGAGGGAGAAUCAGGGCAGUGGUUCGGUGGCUGUCAGCAUCGUCAAGAUGGUGCAGGGUAGAGAACCUGCAAGUUUCUUCCGAGCGCUAUGCGCGUCGUGA